GUUGGCGCUGCCUGCUCGUUUUCGCCCCCACGCCCCCCGCCGCGACGAUGAACGGGACGACGAGCAACGCCUUCCGCGCAUCCUCCAAGCUCGGCGACCUCUUCGCGAGCCUGCCCGUCAACGACCAUGCGCAGCAGUGGAUCGAGAUCGAGCUCACCGCCCAGUCGCUCGCGAACGACCUGCGAGUGCACGAUGUCGACCAGCAGACCGCGCUGGGCAAGACGCUGCUGCCCCAGACGCUGACCUCGCUCCUGAAGAGCGCGACCGACGGCGCCGCGCUGCCCAAGCUCCCGCAGAAGCCCGCGAUCUUUGAGCUCCUGCGCGUCGGAGCAAAUUUGUGCAUGGACCAUGACGAGAAUAGGAGCUAUCUACUCGAGGCCGGCUUUCCCCAAACCGUGCUCGCUCUGCUGGAAGGCUACGCAGAGAGCGUGAAGCCAAGCCUGGCUGGCAUCGAUCCCCUCCCUCUGUCUAUCGCGGACCUCAAGAUCGUGAAAACGGCCAUUGGAGUAUUGCUCAAUGCCAGCUUUGGUUAUGAACCCGUGAAGACAAGACUUGUAUCGCUCGAAGCGGCACUCACCGUCCUCAAACUGUCCGUCGCGCUGUACCCUGCGGGUGCAUGGCUGCGUGCGAAGCCGACCACAGACGAAGAAGGAACAGAAGGGGAAAAGGUGCUCGAGGAGGCCUGGAGCAUUCGCAACGGGCUGUCUCAGUGGACGUGGCGCGCGAUCUCGGAGCUGCGCGAGGAGCAGGGCGAAGAAACCAAAGACCGCCUCGUGUUCUCCCCAGACGUCCUCCCGUUCCUCGUGCCGAGCCUGCAGGCCUUCGUCCCGCCGUACGCCGCGGUCCCGCCCGCGUUCGCACCGGCGCUCGCGCGCACGCUCGUCUCCGUCGACUACCUGAACCUCGAGGAGUCGUGCGGGCUGCUCGAGUCGCUGUGCAUGGACGUCGAGGACGUGCGGCUCGCGCUCGCGCGCGGGCUCACGUUCCCCGCGGAGCACGACGGCGUGCCGGUGCUCGCGGAGAUGCUCCGCUUCGUCGACGCGGGCGACUACCCGCCGCACUGGGGCGGCGCCGACGCCGACGCGCUCGCCGCGCGCCGCAAGGGCUUCGACCGCUGCAAGGCGGCGGUCAUCAAGGCCGUCGUCGAGGUCGCCGGCGAGGAGAAGAACACGGACGUCCUCUGGGACGACUCGGACCCCGCGACGCCGGGCGGGCCGUUCGUCGACCAGAUGGUGCGCUGGGUGCGCGCACACGCGGGCGGCGCAGAUAAGAGCAAGGACAGAGACGACCUCGUCAUUUGCGCCACGCUCAGUCUCGGGAACGUCGUGCGGAAAGAUGCACACUCUGCGGCCGUGGUGGACCCGCCCAUGGCUCUGGCACCUGACCUCGCCUCGCUGUUGGUUCCGGAGGCCGACAUCCAAGUCAAGCACGGCGUGGUCGGCCUAUUGAAGAACCUAUCUCAGGUGAAGGAGAACCGGUCUAUUCUUGGCAAGGCUGGCAUCAUCCAAAAGCUCGCGGCUAGCGGUCUGCUGAGCGAUAAGGCUGACAUGCUCGAGAUGGCUCAGGUUUACACGAUCGGGAUUGCGAAACACAUGUGCAACGGCGAGGCGGACAACACGCUUGCGCUUCUCCUCCCGGACUCGGCACGAGCUGAGGAACCUUCGCUGUACGACCAGAUCCUGGCCCUCGUCCGCCGCUCAGACACAGUCGCGGUCAAGAGCGAGGGCACGCGUGUGUUUGUCAACGCGACCAAGACGCUGUGGUCGGCGGACGGGUCGAGUAAGGAGGCGGGCUGGGCACAGCGGCGCAAGGCAGCGAUGGAGAAGCUGGUGACGCCACCGUGCGCGGCAGCUCUUGCCCAGCUGAUCGGCCGGAGCAAGAAGUACGCUAUCCUCAUCAACGAAGGCGUCGUGGCGCUGUCUUUGCUGAGCACACACUCGAAUGGGGGCCUCGUUGUGCUCGACGCGAUCAUGAACCCUCUCCCCGUCGAGACGCCGCGCGGUGGGGCGUUCACGGUGCCCGUGUCUGCGGGACCUGCCACUGACUCGCCCGUGGCCGGCACGCCGCGGCGGGCGCUGGACAUGCUCGUGUCGUGCCUGCGGAAUGCGGACGGGCGGGUUCCUGCAGAAGUGCGGGCCAACAUCUGUGCGCUGGUGGGGCACCUCGGGCGGCCCGGCGUCGUGCCUGAGAGCCGAGGUCAUGACCUGCGGGUGAUGCAAGAGGAGCUGAGGGAGCUGCUCGAAGCGGCAACCAAGGACGCAAACCCCGUGGGAACGGCUGCGAAGAGGGCACUGGAGACGUGGGGAAAGUGAUCUCUUUACACGAAAGUUAGAAAGAAGAUACAAGCUGCUGGACUCUGCCGCGUAGGACUGUUUAAUGCUCUUGGUGAGGAGGUUGGAUACCCAGUCGAAAAAUUGUAUGCCAUUUUGUCUUGC